AUGCUGGAUCACGGAAUGAUCGAAAUACUUCAGAAUUGUAACAAGGAUAAAGUUGAUGUUAUCUCUCCUGUAUUCAGGAUUCCAGAGCCUAUUAUCGUCAAAUAUGAUGGUAGCAAGAAGAAGAUUUCUCCAGCUCUUGUAAUCAAGUCAGCGGGUCCUGUCCCGUAUUCAUCUGACAAGGCUGUUCCCUACAGGUAUAACACAGUUAUACUAAAAGAUGGAAAGGAGCCGAAAUCCCAUGAAGACGUUGUGAAGAAGACUGUGGUUAAUCCUGCGGGUCCCAUGGGGACUUCUUCUUCCAAUCCUACUACUGUUGUGAAGGGUGUUGACCCUGUUGUUGAUAAAUCUGUGAAAGCUCCUGUCCUGAGUAAGGUUGAGGUUAGGAAGAGGAAAGAAAGAGAGAGUUCUGACUCUGAAGAGGAUGUCGAAGAUGAUGUCCUAGACAUCACCCCUGCUAAAAAGCAGGUUGUUAAGAAGUCUUCAGGAAAAGCUGCAGUUGUGCACUUAGAUAACAUCUCUUUUCAUUUAGAAGAUGGUGCUGCCAAAUCGAAGUUUGUCAUUCAGAUGAGGGUAGCUAUUGAAAGACAGUUGGGAAAAGAGGCUGUUGAGGUGAAGGAAGUCAUGGAAUUGAUUAAGGUUGCUGGACUGAUGAAGACAGUUGUUGGUUUACCCCAAUGUUAUGAGGGGUUAGUUAAAGAAUUUAUUGUGAAUAUCCCUGAGGAUAUUUCUGAAAAAAGAAGUAGGGAAUAUUCUGCAAAGUUUUUGUAA